CCACUCUGUGUCUCCCACUCUUCCCGAACUGGAAUCGCGGGAAACUAGUUUGUUUGAAAACCUCGCGAGAACGAGUGAGUCAGCCCAGUUAGAGCUAGGAGGCUUCUCGCGAUAAGUUUCCACGGCGAGAGGGGGUGGUGGUGGAGAUGGUGAUGAUCGCUCUCGCGAUAUUUGAAGGUACCGCAGCUACCAGACGGAGGAGAGGUUUGUAAACAGGGCAGCUCCACGAUCUCGGGCGCUGAGGGGAAAAAAAAUUAGAUCGUCUUCUGGGCCUCGGAGCUCCCUCCAUCUCCGCAGGAACUCUCUUUCGGCCGGCCUUUUAGGACCGGAAGUCCUCCGUCCUGAGCGUCCAAUACUGGAAGCGGCCUUUCUUUACCGGAAACCCUUUUCCAGGGGGAUCGGAAGACAGCCUACCUGGCCGGAAGUCCCACCUCUUUGAGAUUCCCCCACCCUUCCUGAAGUUUUUCUGUUACCUGUUUGUCUUCUUUUCUAUUCUCCGUUUUAUUUCUGCAUCAGGGAAAGAUACAUUGUCUCCCUCCCAGCUCCACUAAGCUGGUUUUAUCCCUCACUUCCCGAGUCGCAGUUCUUUCCCCGACGCCCCCAUGUAGCUGAGAAGUGGGACCUGGGGGUGAUUGGACCCCUGGGAUCCUUAAGGAGAGGCAGAGAGGGUGCAGAACUUGGCUUCUCCUCCUACUGUCAGGACGCGACCUCCUCAACCACACACACACACACACACCCGCUGCCAUGCACCCUGCGGCCUUCCCGCUUCCUGUUGUUGUGGCCACUGUGCUGUGGGGAGCAUCCCCUAUCCGAGGGCUUAUUCGAGCGAUCUCCGAGCACAAUGCCAGCAUGGACUUUGCAGACCUCCCAGCUCUGUUUGGGGCUUCCCUGAGCGAGGAGGGACUCCAGGGGUUCCUUGUGGAGGCUCACCCAGAAAAUGCCUGCAGUCCCAUUGCCCCGCCGCCCUCAGCCCCGGUCAAUGGGUCAGUCUUUAUUGCACUGCUUCGAAGAUUCGACUGCAACUUUGACCUCAAGGUCUUAAAUGCUCAGAAAGCCGGGUAUGGCGCAGCCGUGGUACACAACGUGAAGUCCAAUGAGCUUCUGAACAUGGUGUGGAAUAGUGAGGAAAUCCAACAGCAGAUUUGGAUCCCAUCUGUAUUUAUCGGAGAGAGAAGUGCAGAGUACCUACGAGCCCUUUUUGUCUAUGAGAAGGGGGCUCGGGUGCUUCUGGUUCCAGACAGUAGCUUCCCCUUGGGCUAUUAUCUCAUUCCUUUCACUGGGAUCGUAGGACUGCUGGUUUUAGCCAUGGGAGCAGUACUGAUAGUUCGUUGUAUCCAACACCGGAAACGGCUCCAGCGGAACCGACUUACCAAAGAGCAACUGAAACAGAUUCCGACCCAUGACUAUCAAAAGGGAGAUCAAUAUGAUGUCUGUGCCAUCUGUCUGGAUGAGUAUGAGGAUGGGGACAAGCUUCGGGUACUGCCUUGUGCUCAUGCCUAUCAUUGCCGCUGUGUGGACCCCUGGCUCACUCAGACCCGGAAGACUUGCCCCAUCUGCAAACAGCCUGUCCAUCGGGGUCCUGGGGAUGAAGAGCAGGAGGAAGAGACUCAGGGGCAAGAGGAAGGUGAUGAAGAAGGGGAGCCAAGGGACCAACCUGCUUCAGAGUGGACCCCACUCUUGGGCUCUAGCCCUACUCUUCCCACCUCCUUUGGAUCCCUAGCCCCAGCACCCCUUGUCUUUCCUGGGCCCUCCACAGACCCCUCACCCUCUCCUUCAUCUGCUGCCCUGACCUGAAACUUCCUACACUUGGCACCUCUGGUGAUCCUAUUUGCACAAACUCUUCCUCCAGUCUAAUAAGCUAAGGGAUAGGGUACAUUUCCACCCUAGGUUCUCAAACCCCACCUCUUCCUUUUGAGGUGGCUGGGAGCCAUAGGACAUUGGUCUUCACUGCUUGGGUUAAUAAAGUUGUUUUUGUGGACAAA